AUGGUUAAGAGCGGGUCACCAACUGGUACAGAUCAAUUGACCACAAAUUUAAUUUCGAUAGAAGAACUUCAAAUGUCUGAUGAUAGUCAAAAUAUUAUGUCUCUUCUCACAGCACGUGAUAUCGCUCGAAAGGCAGCAAAUAAUGGUCUUAUAUCAGUUCUAUUCGAAAUCGGAAUCAUCGAUGAUAUGCAUUUACUUAACAUUGAUUCUGAUCGUGUUGUAUUUCGUCUUGGCGCUAUAUUUCAUGUAGAAUCCGUGAAUUUGGCACCCGAUGGUGUUAGACAAUUAGACGGAUAUGGUAGUCAACAAGAACAAGAUGGUAUUAAAUUAUUAAUCACAGAAGUAUAUCGUGGAAAACCACUAUCAGGCAGCGUUCUACAACAAUUAAUUGACAACAAAGAUGGCUUAAUCUCGAUGAAUGGAUUUCUUUCAACAACAUUAAAUUCUGAUGUGGUUGGUGUAUAUGCUGGAGACGAAAAAAUCGCAGAUGGUUAUAGACGUGCCAAAUUUCAACUUCAAAUUAGUAAGAAAAUAAGACAACCAUAUGCUUACAUUGGGAAUUGCAGUACAAAGAAGGACGAAUUAGAAGUUUUAUUUUCCAUUGGUACUAUUUGGCGUAUUGAGUCUAUUAAAUAUGAUGAAGAUCCGUGUACUAUUGAACUGACAUCAUGUGACGAGUUGGAUUCGCAACUCAUGGAACUACUGGAAAAAUAUACCGGUGAUGGAUGUACUCUAUUAACGUUAGGUGAUAUUCUAUGGGAACUCGGAGAGGAUCUCGAAGCUGAAUAUUUCUAUCAGAAAAUGCUCGAAGAAAGCACUCUUUCUAAUGAGCUUCGUGGUGCUCUACAUUACAGAAUUGGAAUGAUACGCUUCAAUAGAAAAGACUACUCGAUCGCACUUGACAAUUUGAAGGAAGUUGAAUCGCUCUUCGAAUCAUCAAAUAAUGAAUUAAAUAAAGUUGGAUUGUUUCACCCUCUUUAUAUGUCUGGUAACCGACCUCCGUUUGUCACAAUCUACAACAAUAUGGGUAUUAUGCUUGAAAAUGAUGGCAAAACUGGCCAUAGUACACAAUCAUCUUGGUCUCCUAUAUUUUCAUCUUAG